AUUGCGGCGCGUGUUAGAGGCGAGGGUGGUUCGUGUCGCAUCGACUCCUGAUCACCAACCUUCGUGAGGAUUCAGAGCCGUGCUGUGCGAGCUUAGAGAGAUGUGCUCGGUUCGGAAACGCUCCAGGUGACUCACGACAGUGAACCGUUUCGUACGCCGCGCUCGAGCGCUGUGACUUCAGAGUGACUUCAGCCAGCGGGUGAACAUGUUGGACCGUGUGGCGAGGGCGCUGGACGUUGUGUACCCGAACUCUGUGGCGGGUCUGCUGGCCCGGUGUCGACAGAAGGUGGCGCUGGCCAGGGGAAGGCUCGAGCGGAGGACCAUGAGGCUCGUCCGGUCCCGAGAGCGCUGGGUCAUCCUGGCUGUCACGCUCGCCGUCCUGCUCCCCUGCACCUCCGCACAGGCGCGCUCCGCCAGCGUGCUCCAAUGGAACCGACACGUGGACACAAGUAACAACUGGCGACCCGUAUCGACACACCGAGACGCCUCCGUUUGGUCACCAGGAGGUGUCAGUCAAACGCAGCGCAGAGUCUACUACCCGACCCAGUACAGCGACUAUGACUACGAGGAUGAGGACGACGACUAUGUGGCGGCGCCGACUCCCGCGCCCUAUGCGUUCUGGGUGACUUCCCCGCGCACAACGACGGUGGAGAGGCCCGAGAAACAGCCGCUGCUGCUUGGAGAGAGCUUCUACCACGAGCUAGCCCGGCAGAGAACUUCAACUACGACGACCACCACCACAACCACUACGACCACCACCACGAAGGCGCCGACGACUCGGACCACCACCACGACUACAACUGAGAAGGCGACAACCAAGAGCUCCUUCGAGAAGGAAGCGGCACCUCGGCCUUCGUCAUACUCACAGUCGCCAACCACGAGUCUUCUGCAGCAGAUCCUGCGUCGACCGGCGCCCGGACAGAAGCGACCCGACUUCUCGUCGCUGCUCGGAGCGCUGCUGGCUCCUCCGACCAUCGACGACAGUCCUGACAACAUCUCUGGGCCACCUUCGGCACAUCUGGACAGCAGUAGUAAUGCACCGACGAGCUCCUUCGCCGCGUUCUUGAGACGCACUACAAGGGCUCCGACAACGACCACGACCACGACUGAGAAGACGACCACACAGACGACCACGACGACUGAGCAGGCGACGACGGAAGCCGGCGGGUCGACGACCACUCGACGACCUGGAGGGUUCCUCUCCAGCCUGUUCGGCAUCCUGUCUCGUCCACGAAGACCGAGACCGACGAAAAAGCCUACAUCGACGACUACAACGACAACAACAACGACGACUACCCAGAGUCCUACGACUGUUCGCAGACCUUUGGAUAAAAUCGACGCCGGCUUCCAAGUGCUGAACCAGAUCUUCGGCGGCAGCCCGCUGGCGACAGCCACUAGGCCAACCACGACGGGCCAGGUGGUCAGCGAGUCACGCCCUGUCGCGCAGAUCACCCGACCGCCUCCUCCCACCACCACAACCACUACCGAACAUCCACCUCGUCCCCAUCACCCUCACCUGGUCGGGCGCCAUCCGACGACCGUCCUGGCCACCUCGCCGAGGUAUCCCACCACGGUAUACCCUACCCCGCCUCCGUACCCCAACUCCUCUCCCUACUACUACAAUACCCAUCACCAGGGAACCUCUCCGCAUCCAUACCCCUUCUACAAUCGUCCGCAUCCUGUCGACAAGAUUGACGGCCCGAGGCGUCCGUUCCGUAGACCGAACCCGCCGAAUGUGCCGUUCUACUACAACACGGAGCAGACCGAUCCCGAGCCGCCGCCAAAGGUGAACCUGCAGCAGCUCUUCGGCAGCGUGGUGCAGCUGGUGAAGAGCGACGGACCCUCAAUGAUGUCCGCGCUGGGUGAUGCCAUGGGCGCAGUGCAGGAGGGCAACUACAUGGGAGCCAUCCAGUCCGUGAUGCCGGUGCUUGGACAAGCUACCCCGGUUAUCAUGAACGUCAUCAACACUGUGGGGCCCGCACUGGAGAAGUCAGAUAUCUUCGGCCAGGCUGUGGAGGGAGGCGGCCUCAACAGCCUUGUCACCAUAUUCACCAACUCCCUCAACGGCCGGCCGCUGCCGCCGCGACCUCAAAGCUACGGCUACAUAGACAAGAGUGACACGGACGACUUCAACCGACCCUACUACCUCGGCAGGAUCAUCGGCUCUGGCCUGAAGCUCGCCACCUACCUCAUCAACUUCGGCUCGAGCGUGGUGCGAGCGAGGGACGCCGGUCGCGCUAUGCCAGACUUCGAUACAGUGGCCUUCGAGACGACAUUCCAAGAGGAGAUCUGCUGGGUACAGGAAGCGAUAGGAGAAGAGAACCUCGCGUUCCUCAGAGACUGGGCGGACGGCAGGUUCCGGUGAGAUGAGCACGUGCGCUCGCGCACUAAGAACUCUCGUAUGGUGAGAGACCAGUGAGCGAUCGCAGUGCAACGGUGAGAGGCGAUAGUGAGUUAGCGAACUCAGUGAGCGAGUGACCGUGAGCCACGGUGAACUCGAACUCAAACACUUAAGCGAGUGAGCAGAUAAAAUCGAAGCAGUGCUAUUGCUUCCAUGCGACUUGCUGACGUUUUAAUGAGCCCAGUGUUCGUCGCUGCGCGCGCAGUGACCAGGCCACCUCCUAAGUGUGGCAAGGUGUUCAGUGAGCAUAGACAGACGCGCCGCAAGUGUCACGGUGCGCAGCGAGCGCCGCACCGCGCCGGGAGCUCCGCAACAGGGUCCGGUCAAAGCGGUCAGCUCCCGGCGUGCCCGCGACCUUAGCUAGUUGAGCGGGUCACCGGCAGGCGGCGCUAGUGGUGCGAGCUGCGUGCGAAGUGCAGUGUGCGGACAGUGUUAGCGAACAGAGCGCCAGUCGGUAUGGAUGUGACAGCAUUAGAGCUCAGAGUUGGAGUGUGUUCUGUGUUCGGCGCUCCCUGCUGUGUAAGCAGUAGUGUGUGUUCGAGUCCGGACCCGCGGGCGGGUUACAGGAUCCGAGAAGAACCGCCGGCGGUCAGCAGGAGUGACGUCACAUUAUGACGUCAUGGCGAGAAUGUCAGAGGCGAUAGCGUUGGGUCGGAAUGGCGGUGUUGGAGGCAGAAAUCACCGGAUGCAGGACAGUUCCUCAUUCACGCCACGAACAAUUCCCUCAGCAACCCAACUUAGGGCACUUGUUCUCGUCAAUAAGCUCUCCCUUCUCCGCUACGAUAGGCAAUAUGUAGAGCAUUCAGGGUCCGAAACGGGACCAACCCUAUGAAACAAUUCCAAACUCGAGCGAAACACAGCUAAGUGCGUGAAUGCUACUUGCCCAAUCUUCUGAAUCCGCAUCGAUAACCCGUCCCGUAAGGUCAUCUCAGGUCAGAUAUCACCCCGUCAGCGCUCGCUCUGCCUACUCCUCCCUCCCUCUCUCUCUCUCUCCCUCCCUCC